UAAGCACCCUCUUGGCUUCACCCCAGUGUUUGUUGCGAAGUCUUUCUCGCGCUCUCUCCUCUGUUAACGAGAAGAUUUUAGUGAGGGUCCAUUCGGUUAAAAAGGCCAGCUUUGUUGGACCUCCUCAUUGGCCAAGAGGGGUGGGGGGGCCCCCUCGACCGGAGGCGGGGCCAAUGGCGGAACCACGUCUACGUCCAUAUCCUUCGGGGGAGUUUGAUGGUCAUCCGGGGGGCCGCCCCCUGGCCUGGGGUCUUUGCGCCUGUUCGUACCAGUUCGGGAGUGCAGAAGGGGGCAGAAGAGGCUCGCAGUGUUCAUGCUGGAGGUGCCCAUUUUGGUUGUCCCCUUGCUGCUGCCAGAGCCACUGUAGCUGCUGUUGUUACUGCUGGCGGCAUAGCUGCUGCUGCCAUUGCAGGUGCAAGUGCUGGAGGAUUCGUUGUUGGAGUGCCAUUCUUUGCGUCUGAUGAUGUAUGUGAAGUUCUUGCUGUUGUUGUUGCUGUCGUUGGUGGUGCAGAUGGUCCUGGUGCUGGUGGAGAUGUUGCGCUGCUUGGAUGUGCUGUGUUUGGUGUUGGUGAAUGUUACUGUUGCACGGCGAGGCGUAGUGUUGGAGUUGCUGCUGUGACUGCAUUUGGUGUUGUAACUGGAGUUGCUGCUGGAGUUGAUAUGGCUGUUGCACCGGUUGAAUUGGCUGUGCUUGCUGUGAAGGGGCGGUGUGCAUUAUUGUGUGGUCGUACUGCUCCAUUACCAUUUGCUGUUGCUGCAGCUGUUGUUGUCCUUGUGCUAUUUGUGCUAUUUCCCACUGUUGUUGGUGAGUGUUGUUGUUGUGCUGCUGGGCAUGAUGUAGGUGCUGCUGCUGUGGCUGCAGUUGGUCUUGCAACUGCGUUUGCUGCUGGUGCUGAUCUGGCUGUUGUUCCAGUUGGACAGGCUGCGCUUGUUGAUGCAGUGGUCGGUGUGAGCCUUCCUCUCUCUGCCCGUUCGGCCAUACUUCCUGCAGCAGCAGUCGUUGAGAUCUGCAGUCUUCUCCGGCGGGGGGGUCAUCCUGAGGGGAGACCGUCCCUCCAUCCAGGUCCUGAGAGUGGGAGUGGGACAAUCGCCGGUGCAAAGAUAUUGGCAGGUCUGUGCUCACUGGUGGUGGAAGGUGUGAUCCUUCCUCCCUCUGUUCGCACAGCCUUGCUUCCUGCAGCUGUAGAUGCUGAGGUCCAGGGUCCUCUCCACCCUGGGGGGCCAUCAUGAGGGAGGACCAUCCCUUUAACCGGAACCUGAGAGGGGGACAACGUGACUCUGACGGCCGGGGUCGGUCCAUCCGCACCUCAUGCCCAGCUCCCCCUAGGGUGGCUCUCCGUCCAAUUUCCUCCGCUUGCUGUAGGGCUUUCGUGUGGCAGGGUCCCUUCCCACCUCGUCCCCCUGUUUUAUGUGUGGGUGGGGGUGCCAGGGGUGCUGGGUGAGGAGCCUGUUGAUGUGGGGUCACUUGCGUCUCAUGACUCA